AACUGGUCAGCGAGGACUCAAAAGUCCUGAAGAAUCAACAGUCGCAGAUGGAGGCAUCUGUCAAGUCAGCCAUGGUGGACAUCUCCCUCCGGCUGGACCACCUGACCGGCCAGGAUUUUCAAGGAAGGAAAGGACGAGACGUCAAACCGUCGAGAGACGACGAGUUCACCGCUGCCCUGGACAACAUGGAGGAGGAAAGUAUCGGAAAAGAAGAAAACGAGCGCCAAGAGGAUCAUGGGAAGGAAAAGUACAAAAAGCUGAAGAAAAAGAACAAGAAGAACAAGGCAGGCCAGUGAGUGGGCAGGAUGAGUCACCCUCCUUUUCUUUAACAGGAAACUUGCCAAAGAUGAUCGUUUCGGUUGUGAUUGAAAAAAGCACAUGUUCUAACGUGCUUUUUCUCUUCUUUUUUUUCUCCCCGCUUCAGUGUUUGAAAGGGGACAUGUAUUCAAGUGUCGUGAUUUCGUUUACUGUUCUUUAAUAAAGGGGCUCGAUACUUAUGGGACAACAUUUUUAACUAAAGACAAACUGAAACAACUUUUGUCACAGGCAGUAAGUAUGAGACAUAAGAUUCAUGUUCAACUGUUGACACACUUGAUUACGUAAGCUGUUGCCAUGGAAAUGGCGGCCAUCUUGAAAAUUGGAUAGACAAUUUUUUUUUCUCCACCAUUUUUUAAAAACUUUUUACAAUUCUGUAACUUGCAAAAUCAGUCCCCGAGGCCCUAGACCUGACCCGCGAGCCCCCUUAAUUUGAUUCAUUUCUGUUGACACUAAGGAGCUUGUCUUGGAACAAGUGUCACCAAGUGGUGUAAAUUGUUUCUCACGUCGCCGGAAUAUCGACUAGGUUUGCAUUAAACACUGGAUCUGAUCAGCAAUAUCGAAUCUUUUUGCACCAUCAGAUUUUUCUCAAUACAAAAAUACAAAAAUGUGCAUCGAUGUGGUGGAAUCACGCGCCCAACAAUUUUUUGGCAUAUGGAGUUUUUGUUAAUAAAUAUCAUCUUUAAGCUUGUUCAUUUAUCUGGCAGGCAGUGAGUGAGUUAAAAGAAAAAGAUGGAUAAAGAGGGUCAGAGAGUCAGAGAAAUAGACAAGAACAAUGAAACCUUAUAAUAGGCUGAACAACAAACAAGAGGAAGAGGCUUACUACAUCACCCCUCGACUCCUUAAUGUAACAGAAGACAGAAAAAAGUAAAAUAAGUUAGUAAAGUAGAUAUUGUGAGGAAAAAGGUGUAUGUGUGUGUGUGGGGGGGGGGAGGGUUGAUGUGGGUCACAUGGAAAAA